AUAGAGCAAACCAAUCUCCUCUCCAAUUCUAUAUCAAAUUUAUUUAUGUACCUCUCUUCCUUCUCUUCUUCUUUAUAUUGUUAACUCCAUCCAUCCUUUCUCUCAGUCUCUCAUCUCUUCCUCCUCCCGUUGCAUUAUUACAACAUGAGCUCCGUGUCGCGAGAGAUCAAUGGCUCCCGCCCUGCGCCUCUGAAGAUCCACAAGGACUCCCACCUCAUCCACAAGGCUUCCUCAUCCUCCUCCUCUUCUUCCUCCACCUCCACCUCCACCACCACCACCACCACCUCCUCUCACCAGCAGCAGCGCCACCACCCGGUCAUCAUCUACACCCACUCGCCCAAGGUCAUCCACACGCAGGCUCGCGACUUCAUGGCCCUCGUCCAGAAGCUCACUGGCCUCUCCCGUUCCGCCGCCGAUGACGACUCGUCCUCCCUCCCUCCUGCGCCCUCACAAUCGAAGACCUCACGCAAACACAAGGACGAUAACCGGGCUGCCGCAUCUGCUUCUGAUGACUCUUCCUCUUCAUCGGAGAAUUGCAUCAGCUUCGGGGGCGACGUGCAUGUCAGCUGUUCGUCGCUGGCUACUGUCGGUGCCAUAUCUCCGAUCUCCUUGGAGCAGCUCCCGCCGCUGAAUCCUUUCUUGUCGGAGAUGCCGCUGUUCACUCCCAACUCCUCCGAUAUCUUUUGCUCGUCGAGGUCAUUCUACAGAUAUCCGGAUCCUUCGCUGUUCUCUCCAUCCGUGCCCAACAUGGACAACGCUAUCUCGCCUUCCGUCAUGGACGCCCCGAACACGUAUCACGAAUAUUGAAAUCUUGGCAAAUAAGCAAGACGAUGCUCACAGAUAGAGAAUAACUCUCUCUCUCUCAGCUCUUAGUUCUUCUUUUUCUUUCCUUUUUAUCAGUUCAUUCGUCCAGCUCAGGCAGCUAAUUAAGCUUGCCCAAAGUUAGCAAAAAGAUUUAAUUAAUUCUUUGCAAAAAUAGUUGAGGAAGAGAAUUAAAACUUCGUUAAUAACAACAUUCAAUUAAUUCUUUGGCACAUUAGGAGGCUUAGAUGUCUAAGUCAUUGUUUCUUUCCUUACUAUGUUUACCUACCUAUAAUUCAUCAUGUUCGUUGGAUAGUACAUGUUCUUCUUGCAUGGCCUCUUGAAGGCCUCCUAUUUAACAAAAUGACUUCAAUCUUUAUCG